CAUUUCUGACAUUUUUAAUGUUGUGAAACGGCAUAUUUGGCGUUUAAUAUGCGCGUGUUACGGCCUCCUGUCCCUUUAAGAAAAUAAACCCGGAAGUGCAUUGCGAUGGAUUUCGUCAGAAAACAGCGUGGUUUAUGGAUCAUUUUCACCGGGCGCCUUCUACAUGCGUCUGGUCUGGUUCGUGGCUAACAUUGCAACACCUUCGCGAUUUCAACGUUUCUGGACUAAGCGACAGGCGGAAAGCACAGUAAUGUGCAAGGAGCUGAGGACCCGGGUGCUGCGCCUGGGGCCGCGAGCGUUUAACGGGCCUUUACUGGAGGGGGUCUGUCCCGAAGGUGAGCAAGUUUACCCAAGCAACCUCUUAGGAGGUAACCUACACAAAUACUGGAAGAGCAUGCAAGCAACACAGUCAGCCAGAGGGAAUCAAACCACUAACCCUGCAGAUACCGAGAGCAUCCUGGAGACCACAGUCCAGGCCUUGAAGGAGGGGCAAGUGGUCGCCGUGCCGACGGACACUAUAUAUGGAUUGGCCUGCCUGGCGCAGAACUCGGAGGCUGUCGGGAAGGUGUAUGACAUCAAGGGACGCCACAGUGGGAAGCCAUUGGCUAUCUGCGUGGGCGAAGUGGAAGACGUAUACAAGUGCUGUAAGGUAACCGUCCCCGAGGCCCUGCUGAGGGACCUGCUGCCAGGCCCGGUGACGCUGGUCAUGGAGAGAUCUGACAAGCUGAAUCAAGACCUCAACCCCUUCACUUCUCUGGUUGGCGUGCGCAUCCCAGACCACGCCUUCAUCCGCCAGCUGUCCCAGAUGUGCGGCGAACCCCUGGCACUCACCAGCGCCAACGUCACCUCCCACACCAGCACCGUCGCCGUGCACGAGUUUCAGGAGCUGUGGUCCAGGCUGGCCGUGGUGGUCGACGGAGGCCCCAUCGGGGAUCAGACUCCACAGUCACGUCUGGGGUCGACGGUGGUUGACCUCUCCGCCACAGGCAAAUACUGCAUCAUACGACCGGGCUGUGCCCUCUCCCCCACCGUCACCCUCCUGGAGGAGAGAUAUGGACUGAUCAGGUGGAACAGGAAUUGGGAUGGGGGUGACUGAACCGAUAUUUGCUUCCACCAUGAUGUGGAACUGGGGGUGUGGCUUUGAAAGUGGGUGGGGUCAGGGGGAGCUGUUCUUUCUGGGUCAGCCCUGAUGUGUGUGUGCAUUCCUUCAUCAGGUGGGGUGUACGGUUUUCAUUAAUUUCUGGUGGUGUCAGUCACCAAUCUCAGGUCUGUUGAGUUGAGGUGUUGCUCAAAGCUUGAAGUGUAAAUUUUUUUUGACAUUUCCACUGUAAGUGAUCUACAGCUGUUUUGUAUUCUUUCAUAAUGGGUUUUGCCCCCCCCCCCUUGCUUUCCCAGCUGAUGGGAAAUGUGGGGGGUAAGUUGGCGGCUUAUUGGUCAGGUGUGAUGUCAGUAACCUAUAAAGCAUAAAGGCCACACCCCUUCAGCUGAGUGCAGCAGCGAUUGGCUGGUUUCAGCUGAUGUUACGAAUGUUCUGUUAAGUAGAAUCCCCAAGGGGGCUCAGUGGCCUGUUUAUUAUUACAGUGUCUGGGCUGAUGUAAACCAAACUGUUUUUAAUAAAUUAUUUUUCUUGA